GGGUGAGGCUGGCUCUGCUGAUGGCCCCCUCCAAUUUACCCCCACCACCACCCCCCCAAGGUAUACUUCGACCUGCGGAUCGGUGAGGAGGAUGUGGGUCGCGUCGUCAUUGGGCUCUUCGGCAAGACAGUGCCCAAGACAGUGGAGAACUUCGUGGCUUUGGCCACCGGAGAGAAAGGAUUCGGCUUCAAGGGCAGCAAGUUCCAUCGUGUGAUCAAGGACUUCAUGAUCCAGGGAGGAGACUUCACCCGUGGAGAUGGCACUGGAGGAAAAAGUAUUUACGGGGACCGCUUCCCCGAUGAGAACUUCAAGCUGAAGCACUACGGCCCCGGCUGGGUGAGCAUGGCCAACGCCGGCAAGGACACCAACGGCUCCCAGUUCUUCAUCACCACGGUGAAGACGCCGUGGCUGGACGGCAAACACGUGGUGUUUGGCAAAGUGCUGGAGGGCAUGGACGUGGUGAGGAAGGUGGAGAACACCAAGACAGACAGCCGGGACAAGCCCCUGAAGGACGUCGCCAUCGCUGACUGCGGCACCAUCGAGGUGGAGAAGCCAUUCGCCAUCGCCAAAGAGUAACCCACCCUCCGGGCUCCGCAGCGAGGGGGCUGGGGGCUGCCCCGCUCCCCCCUCCCCACAUUCCCCUGCUGUCCCCGAGGUGGGGGAGCAGCAGCAGAGCCCCCCGUGUCCCCGCUGCCCGGCCUCCCCCUGCACCCUUCUGGCCGGCAGGACAGGGCGCUGGCUCCUCUUCCCAUCACUUUUGUAAGAAGCACAUGCACCAAUAAAUGUGACCAAUGUGUUUUUUAAA